GUGACUUAUAAUCCCUUGUUCCGUCGUUGCGCUCUCUUUCCUAUACAUGAGUAUUGCAAAAACCCCCAGUUUGCAUCUACACUUACUCCUCUGAAGUGGCAACUAGAAAUAGUGGUAGACGCAGAUACGGUCAUCGAUUCUGAUGACGAGCGUGUUGAUAAGGCCAAGACCCAGCUUCGAACCUGGUGCAGGGGGCUGGUGGAGGUGUUGAUUGUUCACCCAGGUGCUUCGGCACGGAGCACUUGGGGUCUAGGUACUGGUAUCAGUUACCCGUCACGGAUGCUACUGCAUCAAACCUAUUUUUCACACAGAACAAUCUCGGAGUAUUUCCAGGAGGCUGUGGUUCAAGAUGUUCUGCUCAAAGGCGGAGUGACGAGGGAUACCACUCAUGACGCCAUUUCGCAGAUGCUCCUCGUCGAAUUCUGCCACUGCGGCCCUCUCUCCCGUAUAUGCCACCCUGGCUGGAUGAAACAGCUGCUCCUUCUUCGACACAAACAUUCUUUGGACGGUCCGCCGUUUGUGUUCUUGGAACGCCUGCAAAAUAUCAUGACCCGCAGGCAAGUGGUAAUGCGGUUUAUCCUUGCCGAACAGAGGGAAAAGCAGCACCUGGAGCUGAAUCCCAACAAGGACCACGAUUCGUCUCAAACUCGAGGCGAGAUAAUUGACAUUGGAACCAUCGCAAUGAGCGAAAUGCCAGGCAUGCCGUGGUGGAGUGACAAAGUAAAACUUUGCGGACCGUUUUUCACAGCGAUCCGGUGCGGGAAGUACGAGUAUCCCACUUGGAAGCUGCAGACUGACCACAACUUCAAUCCCGAUCUAUUAAGUAUCGCCGCAACAGUUUACCUCGCCGUUGGCGCCAGCCAUGUGAGCCCUUCACGCUAUGGGAAGGUGACUGGGCUUGAUCCAACCGAUCAGCAGCAUUGCGACUUUUUGGAACAAGUCCUUACGAAAUAUCGGAAACACCUUUUCAACAAGACGACAUUUGUGCCCAGGCCCACAUACACAAAUCCGUGGAAGAGGAAAUUUCGAGACGAGCGUUCAACUAAUACGGUCACACCCGAAGAAUGCCUGACUAUCUGGGAGCAUUAUAUCAUGUGGCAGUUCGGUGGAACGAUUUCUGACCAUGUGUCAACACUAUCCGAUAAAGACUCUGAUUCUUAUCAGCAAAGAAGGCGCGAGGAAGCUUUCUGUCGCUGUGUAAGUAUUGCACGCACAGUUGAAACUUGUACGUCGUCUUAG